CCUCGAGAUUCCCAAACUCAAAACUCUUCAAUCUUGCACUUAAACCCCACCAAAACCAACGGCCAUUUCUCAUUCUCUAUCCACAAACUCAACCUCUCCCCCUCCUCUCCAUCAAUGGCAGACUACUCCCCCCAGCACCGUCAGCAACACCAGAGCCACACCCUCAUCCCUAAAGAAACAGCCCUCCAAGCCUUAAACACAAUCAUCCAACUCCACUUUGAAAAAACCCUGGAGAAAAAACGGGCCAUUGACCUCCAAAAAAAGGAGCUCCACAAGCUCUUCCUUCUCUUCUUCAUUUUCUUGAGCCUUGUCUUCAUGGCCCAGGCUCAGUCCCCCCGCCUCCAAUGCCGCCACUGUUGGAUCCCCAUCACGCUCCUCUCCCUCGCCCACUUGAUCUUCUAUGUUUUUGUGGCUCAAACUCUCAGGUGCAUCAAUGGAUUCAAGUACCAAAGGAGGUGCCACAAGUUGACUCUGGGUUUAGCGACUGAGAAGCUGAGGGAGAUAAAAAUGAGAAUGAGUAAUGGAGAGUUUGGUGAAGGGUUUGGAGAAGAUGGAGGGGAGUUUGAGAUUCAUUAUCAGGAGCCUCCUGAGAGUUAUUUUGGUAAGUUCAAGAGAAACUGGGCUCUGCAUUUCAGUUUCUUGAUCUUGAUUUAUGGCUUUAUGGUUUCAACUUCUGUUGUAAUUCUUUGCUUUUAGUAUUAUUUGUGAUGCUUUUUAUGAAAAUUUCUUUUUCUUUUUGAUCCUUCAAGAAAAGUUUUCCCUUUUGAACUUCUUAAAGAGGGACAAGAUUAAUUAUAUAGUAAAGUUGUAUUUCUUUGUUCGGAUUUGAAAUACAAAUUAUGGAGACUAAGAGAUUGUCAGCUGCA